AUGCUUAUUUUAUGCUAUGGACCGGUGGUAGAAUUGAAAACAGAAUCGGGGAAAGUUCUUGGUGAAAUUCUUGAGAACUCAAACUCGUGGGGUGAGGUCUACGAGUCGAUUCCAUAUGCAGAAUCACCGGAGGGAGCAUUGCGGUUUGAGCUCCCAAAGCCGCGCACCAAAUGGAGUGAUGUGUUGGAUGUGCGCAACCGAACUGCUUGCUAUGCUUAUUAUUGGGAUAAUCCGAUUCGUUCAUCUGAUGAUUGCCUUCGCAUCAAAUUGGUCAUUCCAUUGGAUGAACACAAAAAACGAUAUUCACAAAGACUGCCGCUCAUUUUUUGGAUUCAUGGAGGAUCGUAUCAGAUUGGAGGAAAAUACUAUUAUAAGAACUCGGGUGUGUUGAGGAAUAUCGCUUCAAAGAAAAUCAUCUUUGUGGCCAUCGAUUAUCGAUUGGGAUUUGAUGGUUUUCUCUCGACGAAAGACGAAGAGUUCCCGGGGAAUCUCGGAUUGAACGAUAUUCUGCUUGGACUUAACUUUUUGAGGGAAAACCAUGAGAAUAUCGGUUUUGAUUUGAAUAAUAUUGUGGUGGCCGGAGAGAGUGCUGGCGCGUCGUUGGCCAGUUUGGUUGCUGUAAGUCCGAGGUUUGAUGGUCUCGUUCACGGAGUGAUGUUGUUUUCUGGAACGUUCACUGGAUCGUGGGCUGUCAGAAAUAAAUACACCGUGGCAAACACUAGAGAUUUAUUCGAGAACUCAAAGUGUGCGAACGGAACGUCGAUUGUCAUCAAAAAGUGCAUGCAAAAAGCGAAGAAAUCCCUCUACCAAGACGCCGUCACUCCGCGCAUCUUCAAGACGAAUCUCCACAAAAACCACAGUUUAAAUUAUGAGAAUAUUCGAAUGGGAAUGACCUUUUUCACGCCAAUUGUCGAUGAUUUUCGAGGAAAUGACUCCUUUCUGCCGAAACAGCCCGAAGUGCUUGUCAGAUCAAACGCCCAUUUGCCGAUGCUGAUCAGCAACGUAGCGCACGAGAAAACGGAAUUCUGUCAUCAAAUGGCCCAAAUGACAUCUCAUCUGCCAGCGCGUUUCUGGGUGAAAGAGAUGGUACCCGAACGGUACAAUGGAUCCACAACGGUCAGAGUGUUAUUGACCGAACGAUUUAUGGAUGGCGCGUCGAAUGUGAGACGUGGGAUUCAAUAUCACAAUAUGAUACAAGAAGAGCUCGUCUCCGAUUCCCACCAUGAGGCUCUCUUCUACGCGGAUCGAAAUCUCACCGUUUAUGCCCUUCUAAACGUUGUUUAUGAUGUAGAAAAAUUGGAUGGCCGACACAGAGAAUCCUUCUUGUCACGUCACGGACAAGAGCUUGCGAUGCUUUUCGAUUCGUACGAGAUAGCUUAUCAAGAUCGGAGUUUUUUG